AUGUCAGAAGCUACUGUUAGAUAUGUUCCAUUAAACCAAGGUGCUGGUUAUGGUGUUCUUGUAGGAUUAGGUUUAUUUUUUUCAGCAGGUAUGAUGUUACUUACUUGGAUGUUAAGAAGAUAUAAGAAAGAAGUUAUUACUGCUGAAACUUUCUCCACUGCAGCUAAAUCUUGUAAGAAGUUUUUAAUUGCCUCGGGGGUUGUUAGUAGUUGGACUUGGGCUGCCACUUUACUUACUUCAUCUUCAAAAACUUAUGUCAAUGGUGUCUUUGGUGCUUAUGGUUAUGCUGCAGGUGCCACUGUUCAAAUUAUUAUGUUCAGUUGUUUGGCUAUCAGAGCUAAACAAAUUUGUCCUAAUGCCCAUAGUUAUUUAGAAAUUGUCCACGCUCGUUAUGGUAAAGCUGCCCAUAUCACUUUCAUUACUUGGGGUUUGAUUGUUAAUAUCUUAGUCACUGCUAUGUUAUUAGCUGGUGGUUCUGCUGUUAUUAAAGAUUUAACUGGUGUUCACGUUAUUGCUGGUUGUCUUUUAUUACCAUUAGGUGUCAUCUUAUAUACCAUGUUUGGAGGUUUGAAAGCUACUUUGAUUACUGAUUAUGUUCAUGGUACAAUGGUUCUUAUCAUUGCUUUUGUCUUUGGUUUUGCUGCCUUUGCCACUAGUAGUGCUUUAGGAUCUCCAGGUAAAAUGUGGGAAUUAUUGAAUGAAGCUGCUAUUUCUGACCCAAGAGAAGGUAACGCCGAAGGUAGUUACUUAACCAUGAGUUCUAAGUCAGCUGGUAUUUUCUUCAUUGUCAAUAUCAUUUCAAAUUUCAAUCCUUUCAUUGAUAAUGCUUAUUUCUCCAAAGCUUUUGCUGCUUCUCCAACUGCUACCAUGCCAUCAUACGUUUUAGGUGGUCUUUCUUGGUUUGCUAUCCCAUUCUUUGUUGCUACCACCAUGGGUUUAACCGCUAGAGCUUUACAAAGUUCUGAUGUUUGGCCAACUUACCCUCAAAGUUUAACUGAUUAUGAAGUCAACUCUGGUUUGGUUUUACCAAACGCUGCUGUUGCUUUAUUAGGUAAAGGAGGAGCCGUUGCUUCAUUAUUAGUUGUUUUCACUGCUGUUACUUCAGCAAUGAGUUCUGAAUUAGUUUCAGUUUCCACUGUUGUUACUUUUGAUAUUUACAGAAGUUACAUUAAUCCAGAAGCUAGUGGUAAAAGAUUAAUCUUCAUCUCCCAUGCUACCGUUUUACUUUUCGGUUACGUAAUGGCCGCUUUUGCCAUUGGUUUAUACUACGCUGGGGUUUCAAUGGGUUACUUAUAUGAAUUAAUGGGUGUUUUGAUUGGAGGUGCUGUCAUUCCUCUUUGUUUAACUUUAUUCAACAAAAGUCAAAAUGCCUGGGCUGCUGCUUUGAGUCCUCCAAUUGCUACUGUUUUAGCCAUUAUCUCUUGGAUUGCUUGUUCAAAAGGUGUCUUUGGAGCUGUUGAUGUUAAUACCACUUUCGAAGAUUAUUCAAUGUUGACUGGUAAUUUAGUUGCCUUAAUGUCCCCUUGUUUCUUGAUUCCAAUCUUUACUUACGCUUUUAAACCUCAAAACUUUGAUUGGGAAAUCUUAAAGAACGUUAGAAGAGUUGAUGAAGAGGAAGAAUUAUUAGCAGCUGAAGGUGUCAAGAUUGAUGAAGAAAAUUCCGAUAAAUUGGUUCCUUUGACUUCUAGAGUAACUCAAAUUGCUUCAAACCUUGCUGACCUCCAUAAAAAUGAUUUAGCCGAACAAGAAACCAUUUUGAAGAAACAUUUCAAAGUUUCCCUUGCUUUGUGUAUCUUCUUGACAUUUGCCUUCCUUUUAUUAUGGCCAAUCCCAAUGUAUGGUUCUAAAUACGUUUUCAGUAAGAAAUUCUUUACUGGUUGGGUUGUUGUUGGAUUUAUCUGGUUAUUCUUCUGUGCCGCUGUUGUUGUCGUUGGUCCAUUGUAUGAAAGUAGGGAAUCACUUGUUCUUGUUCUGAAAUCCAUCUAUUGGGAUUUAACUGGCCAAAGUUACAAGUUCAAACAAUGGCAAGAUGAAAAUCCUGAAAAAUUGACUGCCGUCAAAUCACAAAUCUCCCAACAGUUGUCUCAAAGAGCUCAAAUUGUGGAAGCUAAGAACAUCGAUGAAUAUUUGGUCAAUGAAGAUCUGGAUAAAAAGUCCGGUUAA